AUGAUUCAAUCGUUGGUCGCCCACGACAACAAGGGCCGCUUCAUCCUGGCCGGGCACAUCGGGGAUCUUCGUAACGACUGCGUUGAUUGCGGGAUCUGGCCUUUAUGGAUUAGUGCCAGCCAUGGGCACAGCGCACGGAUUCAGGACCAGGUCGAUGACUCCAGCAUUGCCACUGUGUGGCUUGACCCAAGGAGGCGUGCCAUCGACAGAGUCCCAGCUGCCUGCAAAGGCAAGCCGUUCCUGUGCCGUGGUGAUGAAGGCUUCCCGACGCGUCUGUGCCACAGGACAACUCACGACGCAGCCUUUCAGAUACUUGAAGACGGCCUCAUUCCAGGAUUUCGUGGCUCGGGGAAGUACCAUUGCUACUUCGCAAAAGCCACGUUAUCCGAACUGGGGAACAGGGCUGGGGUACGUGCCAACUUGAACGUCGAACUCGUUUUCGAUACGGUGGAAGUGUUGAAGCACGCCUAUCUCUUCGAGACGGAGUCCGAGGGAAUUUUGUGUCGCGAGAGAGACCCAGGCGAGUGCAUCUUGUACGUGAGGGACUCAGACAGCAACAUGACACUUUGGACACGGCCCUCACCAGGCGACGAGGAUAUCGAGGUGAUUGUGGAGAUUGCGGGGAUUACAACUAUCGAAGAUGACGAUGAGCCCGCGGAUCUCUUCUCGUUUCCCGAGCCUGCUGAGCCCGCAGAGGAAGCAGCCAUCCUCGCAGAGGUCGUCCAAGAGCCUGGGGCAGAGGCUACGACAAUGGAUGAGGAAAUUCCAGCCCCACUUAGUGGAGGCCAUGGAGAUGACUAUGCACCACCCGUGUAUGGCAACACCUCGGACGCGCCAAUGCCCGCAAUCCUCGAUGCGACGGCUGCCGAUAUCCUCCCUGAGGAGGCUGCCGUGUUGGAAGGGGAUGACGGUGCCGGCGUGGGUGCGGUUGAGCCUGCGCAACCAUCGGAGGAACCACCAACUGCCAACAUCACCGAAACACACACCAUCAUGGCCAUGAUCGACGACGAGCCGGAGGUAGCGGCAGCAACAGAGGCACCUGAGGCACCGAAGGCAGAGCAUGUUACCAAGCCUGCUAAUAAGAUGCCGACGGAGCCCCCGCAUCGCAUCCUGCCUCCUCCAGCCCCCUCAGCGGGUGGCCGUCGACGUGCCUGCCCCCAUUGUGGCACAACACACUUGGUGGGACAAAUGGUGUGUCUGCGAUGCAAAGCUCAGCUAGCCAAGGCCACAGCGCAGAGCCAACGCAAGUGCAUCAAAACCGAUAGAUGGUUCCAGGAGCAAGCAGCCGCCAUCGCUACAGGCAAGGCACGUUCUCGCCUGUCCGUUGAAGAAGUCCUCGCCAACAUUCGCAAGGAAGUGGGAGGACGCGGUGCUCAGAGCUUGGACUCGGUUGCCAUCGAAAAGGCGAAGCAGAUGCUGAAGCUCGCAAACAAGCAGGGCGUUGCUCUUCUGCACGAUUGCAAUCCAGCCGCUCUUAGAGCAGGCCUGCUGGGCACAGAACAGAAUGACCCGCUCGCAAUCAUGUGGUUGGGGGUGGCCUACAGCCUCUCGGGGUUCAUCCAAGUGUUUCUGCAGCGCCGUGUCGUGGACAGGCUUCAGUGCUUCACAGAAACGCUCUACCUCGACCCCAGCUUGGACUACACCGCUGCAGAAUGGGACCUAUGGCUGAGGCAGAGAUUGAACACGCAACUUCAACCAGCCAUUCGAGCCCAUGAAGAGCGACUUGCUGAUGCUGAACGGUCUCGGGCAGCCCAACGUGCAGCUGAUGAACGCCGUGCGACGAAGGGCGAGAGCAAGGGCGGGAAGAAAGGCUCAGCCAAGGGGCCUCAUCCCUACUCUCGCGGAGGCUAUGGCUACCACCGCUGA